AGAUUCCUUGUUGUUCAUAUAAAUGCAAAAUACUAGGUCACUCUCACUCCUACAAUUCCCUGUGCUGGUUCUUUUGUCUGCUGAUGAAACUGAAUGGACUAAAGAGCAGAGGACAUUGCUGGGCUGAAAGCAGGGCGAUAACACUGGAUUAUAAAGCAAUAACUAAAGACUACAUCGUGGACACUAUCAGGAACUCGGAAGAAAUUUCUCUUCAAGUCUAAUGCUGCUUCAUCAAAAUGAAGGAUCGUCUGCAAGAGCUAUUGCAGAGGGCAAAAGACCUGGAAGAGGCCAAUGAAAGCAGAUCGCCCACAGAAGAACCUGAUGAGUUCCAGCAGGAAGCGGUCGUCUUUGAGCGAGAGCCAAUGUUCGAGUCCUACUUAAACGAAAUAAAAAAACUUCAAAACAACAUUAAGGACCUUUCCGACAACGUGACAAAGUUUGAGCAGCAGCAACAGAUACUGGUUUCCUCUAUGAGAAGAUUCAGCGUCCUGAAGAAAGAGAGCAAUGUGUCAAAGGACAUCAAGGUCCAAGCGGAGAACAUUAAAAAACGCCUGGACACCUUCUCUCAACAUGUUAAAAAAGCAGAAACAGAAACAGGACAGUGCUCCAGCCUUACCAGGAUACUGAGAAACCACCAUGCAAACCUAUUCCGAAACUUCCAAUGCACUAUGCUUCGAUAUAAUGAGGCAAUUACAACCAAGCAGAACAAAUGUAAAACCUUCAUUAUCCGGCAACUAGAGGUGGCUGGACAAGAGAUAGACGAGGAGAAAGUAAAUGCAAUGAUGGAACAGGGCAAGUGGGAGGUCUUCAAUGAGAACCUGCUCACCGAAUCAAACAUCACCAAAGUGCAGCUGUGCGAGAUUGAGCAGAGACACAAAGAGCUGAUUAAUUUAGAGCAACAGGUGAAGGACCUAACGGAUCUCUUUCUCCAGAUUUUUAUUUUAGUUGAGGAACAAGGGGAAAAUCUGAACAAUAUUGAAAUGGGGGUAAAGAAUACAGAGGACUACGUCCUAAAGACGAAUGAGAAGUUUAAGUUGGCCGUUAAAUACAAAAAGAAAAACCCAUGUAGGAUGUUAUGUUGCUGUUGUCCUUGUUGCUAAAAUAUUACCUUAUGUCUGCCGUGGUUAAUGCUUAUCAUGUUAUUUAAUUUUGUACUACAACAGAAUUACAGUAUUUGUGUUUAAAGUGAUAGCACUCCAAA